UGCUCUGAUGUUGAUUUAUUAGCUACCUUGAGUAGAACAGCUUUUUAAAAAUAAAGCAGAACAGAACGCCAGGUGCUCCUCUGAGAGACAGACGCCACCAUACUGCCCCCCCACUCCGCCUGCAGGAUGCCUGUUGCCCCUCCGGAUGAGUCCCUGGCGACCAGCCAAACUCUCUGGAAGAGCGGCGAUUAUAACUUCUCUCGCGUGCUGUAGUUGCUGUUGGUGAUACUGCGCAUGCGCCCAGCGGGCCCUUACCCGGCUCCACGAGAUCACGUCGUCGCUCCCAGGAUCCUCCACGAGGGCCCAAAGCUUGGCCAGGAAACCAGGCACCGGCGAGACGCCGGGACAUCCGGGAACCCCCACCGCCACGACAGCCGCCGCCGCCUUCUUCAUCUCCGGCCCGGUUCGCUCUCGCUCCGACGCGACGCAGGGAGGCCUGAGGCGUCGCCGGGACAACAGGACGUUGCAUCUUGACUCCUGAACAGACCUUGCAAGAGCUGAGAUGCCAUCCCAUCAACAAAUGUUGCAUGCCAUACUCUGCAUCCACUUCCUUGUCCUUGUUCUGGCAGAAGGUGCCACCAGAGUCUACUACGUGGCCAUCCAUGAAGUGGAAUGGAACUAUGCUCCCCUGGGGAAGAACGCAGUCACAGGACAAAGCAUAGCUAAUGACAGGGCAGCCUCUAGAUUCCUCCAGCCUGCCAAGGACAGAAUAGGCAGCAUCUACAGGAAAUCUGUCUAUAAGCAAUACUUAGAUUCCACAUAUACAUCAGAAGUACCCAAACCUGCCUGGCUGGGAUUCCUUGGGCCCAUCAUACGAGCAGAAGUGGGUGACACCAUCACCGUACACCUGAAAAAUUUUGGUAGCCGACCAUUCACCAUCCAUCCUCAUGGGGUCUUUUACACAAAGGACUCGGAAGGGUCCCUGUAUCCUGAUGCAUCCUCACAAGAUCUUAAACAGGAUGAUGCCAUCCCACCAGGAAGGAACCACACUUAUACUUGGACUAUUCCUGAGGACCAUGGGCCAACCGCUGAUGAUCCUGCCUGUUUAACAUGGAUCUACCAUUCUCACAUCAAUGCACCAAAAGAUAUUGCUGCUGGCUUAAUUGGGCCAUUGCUGAUAUGUAGAGAAGGGACUCUGAAAAGUGUUUCCCAAAAACGUCAUGAUGCAGAUCUCGAUUUCUUUCUGAUGUUCACUGUGGUUGAUGAGAAUGAAAGUUGGCACCUGGAUGAGAACAUUGCCUCCUUCUGCAAAGAUCCAGACUCUGUCGAUAAGGAAGACGAGGAGUUCACGGAGAGCAACAAGAUGCAUGCAAUUAACGGUUAUGUUUUUGGGAACUUACCUGAGAUGAGCAUGUGUGCCAGGGAUCAUGUAUCAUGGCAUCUCUUUGGAAUGGGCAGUGAGAUUGAUGUCCAUACCGCCUUCUUCCAUGGACAGACCCUAGUUGUCCGAGGCCACAGGACUGAUGUGGCCAGCCUCUUCCCAGCCACAUUUGUGGCAGCUGAAAUGGUCCCGCACAACAUUGGGAAAUGGCUGCUGAGCUGCCAGGUCCACGAUCACCUGGAAGCUGGGAUGGAGGCUUUCUACGUAGUCAAGAACUGCUCCUAUCAAAAUUUAGAGGCUGCCCUGAAAGGGAAACUUCGGAAAUAUUACAUAGCAGCAAAGGAAGUUCAGUGGAAUUAUGGACCCUCAGGAUUAGACCUGAGCAGUAGAAAAAGCCUGCUGGAGCCAAACAGUUUUUCAGAGCAAUUUUUCAAGCAAACUUCCACGCGGAUUGGGGGAACAUACUGGAAGGCCAAAUAUAUUGAAUAUAUGGAUGGAACUUUUCGGGUGGAGAAAGAGAGAACAGAAGAAGAGAAACAUCUUGGGAUACUGGGCCCAGUGAUCAAAGCUGAAGUUGGAGAUACCAUCCAGGUUACAUUUGCCAACAAGGCCUCUUGGCCUUUCAGUAUUCAGCCCCAUGGUGUGUUUUAUGAAAAGGAAUGGGAAGGAACCCCAUACCAUGAUGGUUUGUCCAGGAACGGGGGUACCGUGAAACCUCUUGGGAACUUCGUAUACCACUGGAAAGUCCCGCAGCAUGUUGGGCCCACAGCAACAGACCCUCCUUGCCUGACGUGGAUGUACUCUUCUGCAGUGGAUCCGGUGAGAGACACCAAUUCUGGCUUAGUGGGCCCCUUACUCAUCUGUAGACCUGGAACUCUCAAUGAAAGGAAUAAGCAGAAAGGUGUGGAUAAGGAGUUCUAUCUCUUGUUCGCUGUGUUUAAUGAAAACUUAAGCUGGUAUCUGGAUGCAAACCUGAAAUAUUUCUUGAGCAACGACCAUGCUUUUGAGGAUCAAGCCUUCAAGGAGUCCAACAGGAUGCAUGCCAUUAAUGGGUUCAUAUUCAGCAAUGUGCCUCUCCUGGAUGUAUGCAAGGGGGAAACAGUCUCGUGGCAUCUCUUGGGCCUUGGCACUGAAGCAGACAUCCAUGGCGCAGUCUUCGAGGGAAAUACGGUCUUGAUCCAUGGGAUGAGGCGAGAUGCAGCCAACCUCUUCCCUCACACGUUUGCCACGGCCCUCAUGCAGCCCGAUAGCGAAGGGACUUUUCAGGUAUACUGUCAGACUAGCAACCACUAUCAGUCUGGGAUGAGAGGACAUUACUCAGUUCAGCCGUGUGGGAGGAAGACACCAUUUCCUGAUCAACAAUACGAGAGAGCAAGGACCGUGUACAUCAUGGCAGAGGAGAUGGAGUGGGACUACGCCCCAGACCGCAGCUGGGAGCUGGAAAGGCACAACAGCUCUGCGGAGGAAAGCUACGGCAAUAUAUUUCUGAGCUGUGGGAAUGGACUCCUUGGCUCCAAGUACAAGAAAGCUGUUUACAGAGAAUACACUGAUGGGUCGUUCAAGACCCCGAAGAACAGGACGGAUGGCGAGGAGCAUCUAGGAAUACUGGGUCCUUUCCUUUGGGCAGAAGUGGGAGAUGUUCUCAAUAUUGUAUUUCGGAACAAUGCUACUCGGCCAUACUCCCUCCAUGCUCAUGGCGUCUUGGAGAAGAGCAACAGAGGCUCCAAAGCAGCAAUGCCUGGUGAAAUCAUAACCUACCAGUGGGAUGUUCCUGAAAGAUCUGGUCCAGGACCAAAUGAUUCUGCCUGUGCCUCUUGGAUCUACUACUCCAGUGUGGACCCUGUAAAGGAUAUGUUUAGUGGCCUCAUUGGUCCCCUGAAGGUCUGCCGUAAAGGGACGCUGGAUUUUGAAGGGAGAAGGAAAGGUGUAAACAAGGAGUUUGCACUCCUCUUCUUGGUGUUUGAUGAAAAUCAGUCCUGGUACCUUGAGGAGAAUGUGCAAAAGUAUGCCCAAAGAAAUUGGAACCAUUCCCGUCAAGAGGAUGAAGAAUUUCUGGAAAGCAACAAAAUGCAUGCCAUCAACGGUAAGCUCUAUGCAAACUUGCCUGGGCUGACAAUGUAUGAAGGAGACUGGGUGAACUGGUACCUGCUGGGAAUGGGCCAGGAGAUUGACAUUCACACGGUUCAUUUCCACGCUGAGACAUUCAUAUAUCGGAGUGGCAAGACUUACAGAGCAGACGUUGUCGAUCUCUUCCCCGGGACCUUUGAAAUGGUUGAGAUGCUGGUUGGCAAUCCUGGCACGUGGCUGCUUCAUUGCCAUGUGGCUGACCACAUCCAUGCUGGAAUGGAGACACUUUUCACUGUCUUACCCAGGCCAGAUUCUGUACUUAUGAACACCAAUUCCUUUACAGAGAGACCUCUAGAAGAUGAAGACAACCACCAUGCUGUCAUUUUGUUUGGAUCAAAGCUGGCACAUGGGCAAGUAGAAGCAAUGAUUAUUCUCCUUGCAGUGUCUGGGAUUGUGCUGUUCCUUGUUGCCAGCACCUUUCUGGGAGUGAUCAUUUACCUCCAGAGGCAGAAGAGGCUGAGGCGCAACAGGCGGUCCAUAUUGGAUGAAGGGUUCAAACUUAUGGCUACAAAAAACCUAUAGCAUUUGGAGAGGAGCAGAGGAGUUUUCUUUGGUUUUCAUUAUUUGUGCACAGGGGGAAAUAUCUUGGAAUGCCUUUUGCAAAACAAAGACAAGAUCACUUUGGGAGCAAUGUUUCAAAACCACCAACUAUAUCAUCCGCUUAGGAAAGCUCAAAAAGAAACAUUGCCAGCAAGCACCACCAAGUGUUAUCAUCCAAUGUCCACGACUUUCUACUUUCUGAUCAAUUGCCACAGAUCAAAUUGGGAUCCCUGAGCUCUAUUCAGAAUGGCUGGUUAGGGGAUAGAAUGGCAAGCAGUUCCAGGUGGGACACUUACACAAGAGCCUGGAAUCUUCCUGGCCUAAUACCUAGGGAGUCAGCUAAUGCCCCAGGACCAACGUGCAGCCCCUUUCUCAUACAGGCAUACCCCGCUUAACGUCGCUUCACUUAACGUCGCCUCCCUAUAACAGACAUGCUCCAUACGCCACCCUACCCCGCUUAACGUACGCGUGCUUCGCAAUUACGGGCACUUAAUGGCAUGACGCCGCUGCCAUCUAGUGGCGAUUUCAGUGCAGUACAUGCAUAGAUAAUUGCUUCACUUUAAGUACAUUUUCACUUUACAUGCACACUCUGGGCCCAUUGCGUAUGUUAAAGCAGGGUAUGCCUGUGUAAAGCUCUCAGAUCUGCUGCACUCGCUUGCUCUUUGACCUCAGGGAAGCCACGCAGCUGCUCUCUCCUUCUGCCACCAGGCUGCUACUUUCAGAUGAUCUAUUAGACUUCUACCUCUCCCAAGCGGACUGGACAUAUCAGCCAAGUGAAGAGAAACAGCAGAUGUGGAAAAGACUCUUCUCAGGGCAGGGGGCAAGCAAAUACUCUCCCGCAUUGUGUGUCCACAGCAAAUUCAUCUCCCCGCUUAGAUCUGCUUCUAUCACCUCAUCCGCCAACAAACAAGGCAACCUUGCAGUGCAGCUUCCACUGGUCUCUGCUGAAAAGCAAUUCUUCCUAACAGGCCAUUGCAAUAAAACAGACGUGGAUCCUAAUUAAAUGAAGUGGAGGAAUCACUGUUUGGUGCUUGUGGGUAUAUAGACAUUGGGGAGGGGGGAGAUGAAGAAAAUACACAUUAAUUAGCUGUUAUAAGUAGCAGGAGGGAUGCAGCAACAGGCUCGCCUCAGGCGCGCAUCUGGGUGGGGCCAGUGGCUGUGACUCUGACUUGUGUGUGGUAGACUACACUCCAGCCACACAAAAGCCAGAGGUUGCUAUGCACACGGACAUCCACCCUGGAAAGCCAGAGGCAUUAUUUCAGCUCAAGGACACAUUUCAGCCAGGCAAAAUCACACAAGGAGGGCCAGUGAGGAGUAUGUCCUGGGGAGAGUCCCGGGGGCCUGAGAUAGAGGCCACAUCUGGCACCCUUUCAUUUGCUGCAGCAAAACCCACCAAGAGUCAUAUUUAUUUCUAUUUUUUUAUUUGUAGCAUUUGUCAUGCCAGCUUGCCAGCCUUACCCUGGCCUGCAGUUAAAAUGGCUAACUCCCAAAGCCUUAUGGGGAAUUCUUCCCCUUGACAUCUUCCUUGUUAGCAUGCUAGCAAGCAGUUAAAUCUUUGAUGUUCUUUCAUCACUGUGACUUGGUAAUUUUUAUAACACAGCUGUACCCGCUUACAGUAAUUUUGUUUUGUCAUCCCUUUGAUGAAAAUGUUAAUUGGUUAAUUGUCUCCGGCUGGGAGGGAAUUUUCCUCCAUAAGAGGAGGCUCAGAACUCUGGGUUUGUGUCCCACUUCGGAGCACCACCUUGCCUAUGGUGAUGGUCUGUUGUGGCUCCAUUUACAUCUUGACUUGCAACUCCCUGAGGGGAAGAAGACUAUUCAUUGAGAGAUCCUAUGGUCUUGUAAGUAUAGCUAGGCAAACAGCUUUGUUAUUUUGAUUUGUGCCAAGAAACUUUCCUUUACCUUUGUUACUAAACACCUUACCCGUUUGGGUGUAUGGUUUUAGGAUUCAGUUUGCUGCUACAAAUUAUUUGUG